UUAUAAUAAAAUACUUUUUUGUAAAUAAGUGUAGUUACUGCACCUACCUCCAUUAAGCUUGUUUAAAAAAGCGCAAAAAGUUCGAUUUGAAAUUGCCGUCCGCCGAGAAAUUUGCCGUCUCGGCGCUGGCGUCGGGCAUGAUGUCUGCUGUUCGAUUUUUCGACGACGACCGUCGUUCUUACCCAUUACUCAAGAAUCCAGUAAAAUCUCAAAACAUGGUACUCUGAAACGAAGAAAUCAUGGUCGGCAUGGCGAAUAUGGAUGAACACGAACGAAAAGUGGUAAUGGAAUUUUGUCAUCUUUUGGAAAAAUCAAAACAACUGUUCAAUGGGUUACGUGAUCUUCCACAAUACGGCCAUAAACAAUGGCAAGCUUAUUUUGGAAGAACGUUCGACAUCUACACGAAAUUAUGGAAAUUUCAACAGCAGCACCGUCAAAUUUUAGAUACAAAGUAUGGGCUGAAACGCUGGCAAAUUGGAGAGAUUGCAUCUAAAAUUGGACAACUUUACUACCAUUACUAUUUGAGGACCAGCGAGACUAAUUACUUAAACGAGGCUUACUCCUUCUAUGCUGCUAUUAGAGGGCGCGCUUACUACUCUCGAGCCGCGAAAGAGGACAGGUGGUCCGAGCUCAUGGUGAAGAAACUAAGAUAUUACGCGCGCUUCAUCGUUGUUUGCCUUUUACUACGUCGAAUGAAACUAGUUCGUGAACUUAUAGUAGAAUUAGAUCGACACAUUGCUGAUUACACGAGUACCUACGAACCCGACGACCAAAUAGAAUGGAGUCUUGUCCUCGAGGAAAUCAAAGGUUUUAUCACUGCGGAUUCUUUAGUCACGGUUCUCCAUGCCGAUACCAAUCCCAUCGUUUUAUCACACAGACUAAGCCCACUAACCACACCUCCAGUAGAAAAAUCGCAAUUUAUGAAUUUAACACUGCAAGAAAUUUUGAUCGUCGGUAGUGCUUCUGAACAAGUCAAGUUUUCCGAAUUAACAAUGGACAUGUUCCGCAUGAUUCAAACCCUCGAAAGGGAACCUCAGGAAGAUUACAAUCAUAUUUAUGAUGCUUCUCCAGCACCAGGACGUGUUCCUUACGGUGUACCUGGGCAGAAAGGUUACAUUGAGAAUGGGGAAAGACCAUUACGGCGUGAAAAUCCUCACAAGUAUCUCUUGUAUAAACCAACGUUGAGUCAAGUACUGGUAUUUUUGGCUAGUGGUUUUAAAGAAUUGCCAGCUAAUGGAGCACUUUUACUUUAUUUAUCUUCAGAUGGUUGUUUUUCGACUACCAAGCAUCCGGAAGACAUGGGAUAUGAUCUUGGCGGAGUGCUGACUAGCAGCAAAAGAGACGGAGAGCACAAAAAACAGAAGGAAGCUCACUGCCUUUACCCUGGUGACUUGUACCCGUUCACCAGGCGACCGUUAUUUGUUGUCGUUGAUUCUGAUAAUAGUUUCGUUUUCCAACACAUUCCCCGGUAUUUUGGACAGCCUUUAGUUACGUUAAUGUCACCCCAAGACACACCGCCUGCGUUCCAAGAUCAACAGCACAACGGCUCCCUGUUCACACUUUUCCUCCAUUCGCCGCUGACCGCAUUUUGUUACUGUUGCAAUUUAACGAGCAUCCCGAUCCACCACUGGGAGCGGUGCCAGAGCUUCGUCGACCGGUUCGUCACGGAAGCAUCGCGUCUCUUCACGAGAUCAAGAGUCGGUGAGUAUGACGAAGGGCGUUCAGGGGUCGGCAGUAUCGUCCUCGGUGCCAGCCGCCGCUUCCUGAAGCGGAACUUCUGGAGCACCCUUCGCUGCAGCAUCUCGUGUUGGAUCUGGCGGCACAUCUCGAGGUGCGCACCCAUUUCAUGGAGAACCAUGAAAUCGACUGAUCCAGGGCUUCCUCCUCAUGGCCAUGUGUGGGGUUUAGUGACAUCUGGAGAGCGUCUUCGAGGCAGACCCAUGAGGACGGACUCGCCGCAUCUCGGAGAAAAGCUCCUAUUCAAUUUUUACUGCUGAUCGCCUUCGCUGCUGUGUUUAUGGUUACAAACGCGCAUUUUUUGUGGAAUAUUAUGGAAGCUUUAAGAUUUUUUUGGACUCUUUAUAUAGUUCGCGAUGGAUUUUUGAAAUGUAAAAUUUGCCCAGUAUUAACAACACAUCAAGUAGUUAUUCGAAAAUCAGGAAAGCAUAAAUCCAUCACCAACGUGAAGAACACGUUUUUGUGUCUCACUUCGUCGUGGUUAAAAUUAUCGUAUUUUUGGACACCUUUUAUGGACUUAGGUAAAUUAAGUACGGUGAUAUUAAUAUAGCUCAAGUUAGAGCACAACGUCUUUCAAUAUCCGUUCACUAGUCGAGCAAUCGUUACUUAUCUCGACGUUGGACCUUCAAACUACUACGUUUUAACAUCGCCACUUUCCCCAACAUCCUUGUAUUAUAAUAUUAUUCCUCUUAUUAAAUCCGUGACCAACAGUGAUUGAUACGCCUUUCGUGCCGUGUACGAUACGCAUUACUUAUUAAAAAAUUAUUGAAUGCAUGAAUUAGAGAAUUAGACGACGCUACAAACAUUCGUGACUAAUACUUUUCUCACUUACUCUAAGCAAAAUGUACCACCAAAACGCCAAAAAGCUUUUUAUAUCGAAAAUCUGGCUAUUCGCAUCUAGUUAUUAUCAAAUCUACCAUUUAUUCCUUCUUUUACAACUUAGACUAGUUAACUCCUUUAGAUAUUUACAAAAAAAUUAAAAGUAGUUGUCCAAAUUUCAAUACUUUUAACCCAUUCGAAUUGGUGGUGCAUUUUUUCUUUUUUGUUGUUUUAUUAAAACAGGAAAGCUAAUUUAUUCAUAAGGACUCGUUGCACGUCAAAUGGACAAGACUUUAAAAAUGCCUUCAAAAGGACAUUUAAUUUCGUUAAAAAAAUAGCGGAAUAUAUUAAACUGACAUUAUAAGAAGAACACACAAUGAAGACUAAGAACGCGUGUGGAGGAGAGAACAUUUUCACUACUUAUCCAUCUUUGCGGUGACUUCUAGCAAAGGGUUGUAAAAUUACAAAAAAAAAAAUGUACGCCGAAAGUUCGAACAUUUUGCAGAAAUUCAUCUUGUAAUCAUCUUAAAUUUAAUUUCAUAACAACUCUUUCACUAG